AAUUCCUCCUCCCGCUCGCGAAGCCUCCCGGCUCUUCUCUCUUCCCCAGGCGUGCUAAAUAUCCCCCAAAUCCCCUCUUUCCUUCUACGUUACCAUCUCCAUUUCGAUUACGAUUUGAUGGCGCCCAAGCCGGAGAAGAAGCCGGCCUCCGACAAAUCGGCGGAGGAGGAGAAGAGGGCGGUGGCGGAGAAGGCCCCCGCCGAGAAGAAGCCGAGGGCGGAGAAGCGUCUCCCGAGCAAAGAAGGCGGGGCGGGCGAGAAGAAGAAGAAGAAGGCGAAGAAGGGGAUCGAGACCUACAAGAUCUACAUCUUUAAGGUGUUGAAGCAGGUCCACCCGGACAUCGGGAUCUCCAGCAAGGCCAUGGGCAUCAUGAACUCCUUUAUCAACGAUAUCUUCGAGAAGCUCGCCCAGGAGGCUUCCAGGCUCGCCCGGUACAACAAGAAGCCGACCAUCACCUCCCGGGAGAUACAGACCGCCGUCCGCCUCGUCCUUCCCGGCGAGCUCGCCAAGCAUGCCGUCUCCGAGGGCACCAAGGCCGUCACCAAGUUCACCAGUUCUUGAUCCGUAAGCGGGGUUUCGUGGCCUCUUUGUGGUGCGAUAUAAAAAUCUAUUUCUUUGGUUUUUGAUCUUUCUUGUUCUUAUACCCAUCUUUAUACCCUCUUCAUGGAGCGUAUCUGGUUUGGUCGAAUGUAAUCUAUUGGCCUUCAUGGUUUUAUAUCUCCAGCGCUCUUUUUUUAUUCCCGCUAAAUAAAAUUGUUUUGCUGUAAUUUGAUGCAAUUCUAUUUACUUUUCUUUUCUGGAUGACACUUUUGCCGAAGAAAGCUUUAUUAUGUGUUUGAAUUUUUGCGUCAGCGGGGUUGAUUUGAUCUUCUUGGCCGCUUAAUUCCUUGUCUGGUAGCUCAAGUUAUUUCGAGCAGAUGUUGCGUUGCGUGUACGAUCGAGCUGCGUACGUAAGUCUAAGAUGGUUGGAGUAAUAAAGGAAAUUAAUGAACAAAUUUGGAGCCUAGCUGAAUCUCGUGCGGUUUCGGUGCCGUCCAGACGUGGAUUCUGGCUGCAACCGGUCCAAAUCCCCUCAUGCUUGCUGUAUUAUGUUUGGGGUUCCGAGGGGCUUUGUGUGGAUUUCCCAAGGGGAGGAGAGGAGGCUGCCCUGUUGGUGGUUGUGACGCAGGAGGUCGGUUGUCGUUCAUCCUCUGAAGCACGGCAUGCAAAGGAUCAUCCCAGGGACGUUCGCAUCCGAGCUUUGCUUUCUUGUUCGCCUUCUUGGCUUUUGGUUUUGCUCAGAAUUUGGGGAGCACUGUGAACAUGGUACACAAUUGUGCCAGCUUCUCUAUAUCUUGGGUUUGCUCCAUUUAUUAAUUGGGUUGGGCAGGUCAGCAAUCAUAUGUUGUCGGUUACGCACUAUACUUUGUCCUCAUUUUUUUUGGAUGUGUAUCUUCUCUUACGUUAAGGAACAUAUCUCACUUCCACUGCACACAGCCAUGCAAAGGAUUGCCAGUUGCAUGAAGGGACGCUAAUUGGUUGCUUCAGCAGAGAAUUUUGGGGAGGUUUGCAAGUCACCAGGUCAUUGGUAAUUUUAUCACGCUCGCUUUGUUGAUAGGAGCAAAGGUCAGUUACUGUUUACAUCAUGUCCUCUGUAUCACUAUGAGUGACUAACUGGUUAUUUACAUCACACUCUAAUGAUGAUGAUUAAUUCUUAGCUACAGUUUGUGAAAAUAUCUACAUGGGAAUUAUGUCUAUUAUCCUGCUGAAUAUUAAGAUCAUUAUAUGGAAAAUCAUUUUCAUAAUAAGAAAAUAAUGAGGAAUGAUUAGAUUUUAUAUGCUUUCUAGUAUAGUACUCUGGAAGGAGUCUUGUGCUGUUCAUUAUUCUUCAAGUAUAUUUCCUGCUUUUCUUUAUUUACUUAUUAUACUUAUUUUGUUACACCCUUAGUGCUUUUGGUUGUAGUGAGGGUAGAAUUUCCUACUUGCCUAUUGGCAUUAUCUUGUUUAUUUUGGUAAUAAAAGUUGCAUUAUUCGUAGUUUGGCUGGCAUCAAAUCGGUUGAAAAUCAUGGUCAGUUCCUUUGUGGGGCUUUUUUUGCUUAGUUUUGCUCCAUAACUGAUUGCUGUUGAUGGGACCCUAGUUGCUGCUGCUGCUGAAUCUUAUGUAAAACAGAUGGACGUAACUGUUAUAGCAGAUUUAAUAAUUAAAAUCAUUUGAUAUCAAAUGUAUAAAGGGUUAUUUUUUAACCUUUAUUGGUUGGUUUUAGAACAAAUAAUACAAAUACUAUAGCAUUAUUAUGUUUCAGCUUAUGACAACAUAAUUGUUUGACUGAUCUUGUAAGGGAUGGCAUCGCCUCUCUCUAUUUCUCUAUCUAAUCUAUGUGUUUUAAGCAUAGCUUUUCCUUAUGUGGAACAUGAUCUCAUCACACUAGAAAGGAGAUUAUGAUAGAUUUGAAUCAAUAUAUGAAAGGAGGUUACGACAAUCUCUUAAUUUCACCUUGAAAUUGUGACAAAUCUACGCUCCCUUCUUUAUAUAAACAGAGCCAACGGAUCCCAAUAGGGGAAGGAGGAAGGAGAACGGCUAGAGACUUCCAAACACAGAUGGCGAGAGGCUCUCAAUAACUCAUGGUAAGCAGCUCCUAAGGAGAGGUUCUCAAGCUCUCAUGGCGAGAGGCUCCCAUACAGAGGCUUUCUAGCUCUCAUGACUAACUCUGCAUCUGACUCAUCUUCCACUGCCGUUCUUGUAUACUGUCUCCUCUCCAGAUGGGACGUGCGUCUUUGGAGACCAGGACGCAAGUUCAUGGAGACUGCCCUUUCAUGCCACCCAAGACACGAGCGUUGUGCAUAUGGGACCCACAUCCUUGGAGAUCAGAAUGUUACUCCCGGUGGUUGGUUUUCUAUGCCACCUGAGACACGAGCGUCGUGUGUAUGGGGCCUGCAUCCUUGGAUACUAGUGUGCGAGACUCUGGAGGCCCCUCUUCUGUGCCGACCGAGACACGAGUGUCGUGCACACAGGACAUGCAACUAUCGACUAGAAGGCGAACCAAAACCAUGCUAAGCUAGCACUCUAGGCUGAGCUCCUAUGUCGGGCACUUCCAGCCGGGCUCUCAUACCGAGCACUCCAGGUUGAUUUUUCGUGCCGAGCCCUCAUGUUGAGUACUCCAGGCCGCGCACUCUAGGUUGAGCACUCCAGGCCGAGUCUCCGAUGGCCGAGCUCUCAAAGGCCGAGCACUAUAGGUCAGGCACUCAAGGCCUGAUGAUCUAAGGAGAUCACUCUGCUAUGAUGCUUUUUAUUAUAUCUUCUCUUAUUAUUUCUCGUUAUUCCAUAGCCCUACCCGACUUAAUUAUCAGAAGAGGCCUAGUCGGAGCCACCUUGGCAGGCCUUUCUCUUCUUUGUAUGCAGAUCCGCAACUCCAUGGUGGAUCGACGCUUCGUCUUCCACCAUCGUGGAUCGAGCGGAUUGAUCUUCGCCCUACAUGCCUUGAGAUCAUCAGAAUAUGGUCGAGUAGGAUUUGGGCAUCAACAAAUUGGCGUUAGAGGAAGAGCCCGAACCUCCGACCUUAUGGAAAACAAGGACAUAUCCCACUUUUUUUUUUGGGGAUCUAAGUGCCUUUAGCAACAAGCUUACCAGUCAGACACAUCCCACUACGACCACUGAUGAAGGCACUCUCGAGCGUAAUAAGUCGGGCGAGUCAUCUAACGGCCUCGAGAAGGCAACACCUCCAUCCUAUAAGCCCAUGUGGCUGCUACAGGUUUGAUGAGUCAUCUAAUGGCCCGAGGAGGUGACACCUCCGUCCUACAAGCCCAGAUAGCUACUACAUGCCGGACGAGCCAUCUAACGGUCUUGAGGAGGCCACACCUCCAUCCUAUAAGCCUAGAUGGCUGUCACAGGUUGGGCGAGCCAUCCAACGUCCCUGACUUGCAAGCAUAUUCAGUUAGGAAGUUCUUUAAGGAGCUUCUGCAGGAACAAUACAUCUGUUCAUUGGACGUGCCAUUCAAUGACUCCGACCUGCGAGCCUGUGUCUAGAAAGUUCUUUGGGGAGCUUCCAUGGUGGCAACACCUUCGUUUGGGAAACCUAUGCAUCUAGAAGGCCGACCAUAAUCAGGCCGAGCUUCCAUGUUCAGCACUCUAGGUUGAGCUCCUAGGUCGAGCAUUGCAGGUCAAGCUUUUAGGUCGAGCCCUCCAAGCCGAGCUUCCAUGCUGAUCACUCUAGGUCGAGCUCCCAUACCAAGCAUUCUAGGCCAAACAUUCAAGGCCGAGCUCCCACCUCAAGCACUCCAGGCCAAGCUCUUAGGUUGAGCUCCCAUGUUGUGCUCUGCAGAUCGAGCUCCCAACCCAAGCUAUCAUGUUGAGCACUCCAAGCCGAGCUUCCAUACUAAGCACUCCGGGCCGAAGUCUCAUGCCGAGCACUCCGGGCCGAAGUCUCAUGCCGAGCACUCCGGACUGAGUCUCCGAUGGUCGGGCUCGCAAAGGCUGAUACCGGGCUCCUAGGUCGAGCAUUCAAGGCCUAAUGAUCUAAAGAGAUCACUCUACUCUAAUGCUUUUUGUUAUCUCUUCUCUUGCUAUUUCUCGCUAUUAUUUCAAGCCCUACCCGACUUAAACAUUGGAGGAGGCCUAGUUGGAGCCACUCGAUGGGCCUUUCUUUUUUGUCCGUGACUCUCCACGGCAGAUUGGUGCUCUGCCUUCCAUCAUCAUAGAUCGAGCAGAUUGAUUAGUGCCCUCUAUACCUCGAUGUCAUCAUAACAUGUGGAUUAUAAAUUUGAUGAAACUAUUAAUGUAUGACAACUAGGUUGUACUUUGGCAUGUAUAAAGUGAGGAAAAAGAAUCCACUUGCCUAAAAGGUUAAUUAGAUAUGCCUUGAAGUGACUAUGGGUGCGGCAGCAGCAUCUUGGAGCAAGUGUUAGGUGAAUAAAUGUGGUUUCUUGGGUUUGAAAGGGAUGUCAGUUAAUUUUUACCUUUUGUUUUUGUAUUCAAUUUGAUACCUUGAUGUGGGAGGUUUGUGGGGAUUUCUGUUUCGAAGGGUGUGGUGAAUGCGAUACAUUUGGUAGAUGUAUUUUGAUUGCAUGCGUCUCUCCAUUCUAGUCCAAGGGUUUCCUGUUGUCUUCUGUUUUGACAGUUUGCAACUGUCUGGUAUUUCUUUCUGA